GUGUCAGGUAGAUUUUUAAAGCUGACUGAAAGAAAGAAUCCUUCUAUUAUUACUUUUUGAUGUAUUCAGUACAUAACCCUAUAAUUAUUUAAAAAACUACUUGUAAGUUUAAUUGGCGUAUUCUCUCCUGUUUCUUUGCUUCACAUCUUUAGAGAGGCUUUCACCAGAUGAAACUAUCUCAUUUUUAGUGCUGUUAUUCUCAUUACAUAUCUCCUCCGUGAGGUACUCAUUUAUUGUCGAACCGGUUGGUAAAAAUGAGGGUUUUUCUAAAGGAUGUGUCUAAUCUUAUUUUAUAUGCUUGCUUAUUUUAAUGAAUUUAUUACAUCUGUCUAAAACAAAGUUAAUAUUGAAAUAUUAACAUGCAGCACACUCCUCUAUAAAUGUUAUAGCUUACAGCUGUGAAGACUGAGAUGCAGUUACAUCCCUAAUAGUGGAUUUUAGAGAUGCUUUUGUAAGGUGACUGUUCCAAGUUCUUGCUAUUAUGUCCUUUCCUUCACAUCAGAUGGCAUUCAGUGACAGGCAUAGGGACAGUACUGUAGUUACUUUGCCCCUUAUUCAUCCACUAUUUUUACUACUUUUCAGGAAGUGUAGCAACAGAAAUGAUAGCAAGUGAAAUCAUUAUGGAAGAGUCAUACUAGUUCAAAGAACUACAUCAGAGCUUUAAAAACAAAAAUGAAAAUGAGUAGAUAAGACAUUCUGUAGUUUUCUUUGUACUGUGGUUUAGAUGUAUAUAUUGCGAUGAUUUCAUCCUUUUUUUAGUACCUCAUUGCUGUAACAAUUUAAUUGGUCUCUAUCUCCCUCCUUGUUAUCAUUAGUAGAGGGAUAUAGCCCUAUCUUUCAUCUGUUCAAACUCAGCAAAGCUGGAAAUAGAUAUUUUGUUACAUGUAAUUCCUUUUGGUAAAUUCAUUUCUAUCUGCAUUGCCCUAUGACCUUUUCAUCCCCACCAAGAACAUUUCUGAAGGCUGCAGAAUGUGAAAGUACAGAUUGUGCCUUUGAUCUUGAGUUAAUUUUGAAAGGAAAACAAUAAUGAAUACCUUAUCAAACAAUAGAAUAUAUCUUAUUGCUGAUUGUUACCUGAGGAAACUUUGUUAGGUGUAAUUAAGUUAAAAUUUGUAUGUUUUCUUGAGAGAAGUAUGCCCUGAACAUUUCUGUUACCAAUUAUUUCUUUAAUUUUUUUAUUUUCACAGUUUACAUCCUACCUAAGUAGGCUAGGCUCUUAAGAUUUUUUUCCCCAUGUCAUUUUUUUCCCAACUGGUUUUGUUACAAAGCGUGUCUGUAAGGAGAGUGGCACUUUCGGAGAUGGCAGCAUCUGAUGGAGCAGCUGUCCGCUGCUCCUCGCUCCGUGGGACAGUGGCUGCUGUGAGGAAAUAUUUCCCCACAGCCUCCCAAGUGUCUUCCCAUCUUCUGUCCUGCCUUCUGCAGAAACCAUUGGAACAUGUUUUCUAUAAUAAAUAAACCACUGGCGGGUUGAGUGAAGUGUCCUCUAAAUAGGAUGGUAAUUUAAGAUCACUUAGAAACUUUGUGUUUGCUUAGCCAGGCUAAUCGCAGGGAGCUCAUUACACCGAUGUCCUUAAACUAGUAUGUUUCAUGUCCUUAAAAUUUCACAGGUUUCUGGAUAGAUCCAAUUUUUCAGCUGCUCCUUAGCAGCUUGGGGUCUCGCAUUCUUGAGAGAAGGCCUGCACCGCUGCCAUCGUGCUGCAGUUUGGUUUGGUGUUGGGCUGCUUGAGUUGGCCUGCAGCGCUCUGCAAGGCUGGAGGCUCGUGGGCUUGAACCCUGCGACAUACCGUGCUCUCGGGUCAAGCACAGGUUGUCCGGGUUGUACGGCAGGAGCUGCCCUGAGGUGGGGUGGUGGAUUUUGCCAGGGAGUGAUUUUGAAAGACAAGGUCUGUGGCUUUGGGGAAUUUCUCAGUUUACACUGAAUUUGUUUAGAUUUAUUGACGUAUUUUAAAAUUAAUUUUUGUGCAUUGACAGUAUGGUUUUCAAUACCUUCUCAUAGAGGAUUACUGAAAUUAGAGAUGGAGAAGACACAUUGAAUCAUGUGCUCUUCUUACUUCAAACUUAUGCAAAAUAGGUGAGGUUUUCUCGAGGAGCCUUCUGUGAACCCUACAUGACGUAUGAAAUGAAGUACAUGCAUCAUGAAUGAAUCUGCCUCUAGUGGAAAUGGUCAAGAGUUUGAUGUAUUUAGUGCUAUGGACUGGAAGGAUGGCAUAGGUACUUUGCCAGGAAGUGACUUAAAGUUUAGAGUGAAUGAAUUUGGGGCCCUGGAAGUGAUUACAGAUGAAACUGAGAUGGAAAGUGUUAAAAAGGCAACUGCUACGACAACCUGGAUGGUGCCAACUGCUCAAGAAGCCUUUUCAGAAAAGACAGGGAUCCCCACAAGGUUGAAGGAAACUGCAAAAAUGGAUGGACUUGUUUUCUGUGAAAACUGUUAUCGCUAUGGUACCAUAGAAGAAUUUGUUCCUGAAGGGAAAUUUUGCAGCCAGAAAUGUGCCCAGCAAGUAAAAAACAAAGAACCAAAGGAGGAAAAGCCCAGCGUGGAAUGCAAUGGGGAAGAUGAUUCCAAAGGCAUUCGAAAAAGAAAAGCAAAGUUACCUCUCAAAGAAGAAUCCAGGGAUAAUGGGGAGAAGAAAGAGAAUCCUGAUGAAACUGAGGACAAACCUGAAGGAAGGAUCUUGAGAGUCUCACAGAGAGCCAGGAGAAAAAGAAAAGGGGAAAUAACAGUUUUGAGACAAACUGUACCCUCUAAAGGCAGGCAAGCGUGGUGUUGGGCAUCCUAUCUGGAGGAAGAAAAGGCUGUUGCAGUACCUACUAAGCUUUUUAAAGAGUAUCAGUCUUUCCCAUACAACAAAAACGGAUUCAAAGUAGGGAUGAAACUGGAGGGCGUGGAUCCUGAGCACCAGUCGAUAUACUGCGUUCUCACAGUGGCUGAGGUUUGUGGCUACAGAGUACGACUCCGUUUUGAUGGAUACCCAGAUUGUUACGAUUUCUGGGUGAACGCUGAUUCUUCAGACAUUCAUCCUGUUGGAUGGUGUGAAAAAACUGGUCACAAGCUUCAUCCACCUAAAGGAUAUAAGGAGGAAGAAUUCAGCUGGCCCUCAUACCUAAAGGCAUGCAAGGCUCAAGCUGCUCCUAAAUCACUGUUUGAAAACCAGAAUGCAACAGUGAUUCCGUCGGGAUUUCGAGUGGGGAUGAAGCUGGAAGCCGUAGACAAGAAGAACCCGACUUUCAUUUGUGUUGCUACGGUAACAGACAUGGUGGACAAUCGUUUUCUGGUUCAUUUUGACAACUGGGAUGAGAGUUACGACUACUGGUGUGAGGCAGCUAGCCCACAUAUUCAUCCUGUUGGAUGGUGUAAAGAACAUAAAAGAACUCUCAUCACCCCACCAGAUUAUCCACAUGCUAAGCAUUUUUCUUGGGAGAAGUAUUUGGAAGAAACCAGUUCAUUACCUGCACCUGCAAGGGCUUUUAAAGUGAAACCUUCUCAUGGCUUUCAGAAAAACAUGAAACUUGAAGUGGUUGAUAAGAGAAAUCCAGUAUUUAUCAGAGUAGCAACUAUUGUAGAUACUGAUGACUAUAGAAUAAAAGUCCAUUUUGAUGGCUGGGAUAGUAUUUAUGAUUAUUGGACUGAUGUAGAUAGCCCUGAUAUCCAUCCUGCAGGCUGGUGUACAAAAACUGGACACCCUCUUCAGCCCCCACUUAGUCCCUUGGAAUUGGUGGAAGCUUUAGAGCAUGGAGGGUGUCCCACAGCAGGAUGUAAAGGAGUUGGGCACAUUAAAAGAGCAAGACAUAUCGGCCAUCAUAGAAAAUGCGAAAGGAAAAAGCAGUAUGUAAACAGUGCAGUCAGCUGCCCAUAUUCAGAGAUGAACUUGAACAAAGAAAGCCUCUUACCUGACCGGUUGAGUGGGGAGAUGCCAGCAGCCAGUCCUGUCCCCAGAAACAGAAAAGUGGAAGCAAAUGAAAGAUCCACCUCUCCAGUAAUCAAUGACAGAAAAUGCCCCAGCCCUGGUCACCUAAGUAUGAAAUCUUCAGCUCACAAUCGAUCGUCUGGGAAAACUGUAUCAGAAACAACUAAGCUGGAAGAUGCAGAAAGCAAAUCUCCUUGCAAGAAACCCCUGUUCUGCGAUGUGAAAGAAAAGAGGGCACCUGGUGGAGUACUACAAACAAAGGACUCUAUAAAGAACAAAGAGAGUGAGGAAGAGGAGACAGAAAAUAAGCUGCUCAUUUCAAAUGAAAUUAAAGAUGUUGAAGAACCCAACACACAGAGGCUUCUUUCUCAACCAAUUAUUGUGUCUUCCAAGUUGCAAAUCCCUGGCCUACCCUUGCGCUGGGAACAGCAGAGCAAGCUCCUUCCAAGUGUAGCUGGGAUCCCAGCCAGUAAAGUUUCUAAGUGGAGUACAGAUGAGGUCUCUGAAUUUAUACGGAGUUUACCAGGAUGUGAAGAACAUGGCAAGGUGUUUAAAGAUGAGCAAAUUGAUGGAGAAGCAUUUCUGCUAAUGACCCAAUCAGACAUAGUCAAAAUAAUGAGCAUUAAACUGGGACCAGCCCUAAAAAUCUUUAAUUCCAUUCUGAUGUUCAAAGCUGCAGAGAAAAACUCACACAAUGAACUUUGAAGAUAAUGGAAAAUGUGUACGAGCCAGCUUUCUCCACUGGAGCUCAUGUUUUAUUCAAAGCACAAAGACUCGCUGGAACUGUUGAGUAAGGACUCUCAGAAAGGAAGAAACGUAUGUUCAGCACUGGCGGACUAUUUAUAUUCUCCUAGAGCCGGUACACAUCUGAAUCCUUCUGGGAAGUGUUCAAGCUUUUGAGAAUGUACUGUGUAACAACCGAGUCAGCUAAGUCUUAUUUACCAAACUAAUGGCGCUAAUUCUCCAUGGAUGGUUAGGAUCCCUAACUUUCUCUGGACAUCAAGAAAACCUAUUUAUGCUGUAUUAUAUAAGGGAACCUUAAUAUUUUCUAAGAAUUCUUGAAUUCUACUUCAUGUAUCCAUUGUACUUUUCCGAAGCUUUUACUUCAUACUAUCAAAAUAAAAACUGAUUAGCCAAAAAUUAGGCUACAGGUAGCCAGAGGAGACUGUUAUGGCUAAUACGUAUUUGUGCCAUAGUUCAGAAAUGAAACACUUUAUGUUACAUACGUGACACUUUAUGCUACAGCAUAUACUUUACAGAUUAUAAAACUGUCUGUUUGCUUGUAACAAAACAAAACAAACCUUGUUGAGGUUGAAAUUACAAUGCUUUUUUGAUAACUGAAUGUUUUUACUUUUGCACGAUUACAAAAAUGUUAUGUGAGUUUUUCCACCAGCAUCUUUAAUGUAUUUUACCAAAAGAUCGGUAUAGAGAAGGCUGCAACUGAAAAAUAAAGUUUGACUUCAUAGAAUACUUUUUGUUCAUGCUGCACAAUAGAGUCCCAGCCUUUUAUGUGGGAGCCUGCUACAGUCCUUCAGCACACGAAGGAAAAUGUGUGUAUUUUGAGGUAAGGAUAUUAGCAAAAAAGAAAA